UUGAUGGACUCGGUCAGACUGUAGUUUGUACUAUGCCGCAUGCUGCACACCACUGCAAAAGCAAGCGGUUCCUAUUUUAUUAACUUUUUCUUCUUUUACGAUUUUCAGUUGACGUGUGAGUGAGUGAAGUGGUUGGUGUCGAUCGAAGGUUAAAAAGGAAAGAGAAGUAAGUGGUGCAUUUCAAUUUUGCAAUUCAUCAUUUGUUACAUUUACAAACACGCUAUGCGGAACCGUUUCAUAUUAAGGAACUUGACUGUGUUUUUGGUGGUCACAUUGUUUGCUGUAGCCAUACAAGACACAAAAACAUUGCAGCAAUACAGAGACAUUAACCCUACAGAAUACAAACCUGAAGAAAGCCGAGAAUUUAUAAGAGAUAAAAGGGCAACAAAAAAGUUGGGAUUUUUUCGGACGUUAUUUUCGGUCAUUUACGAUCAAUAUAAUGAUACAAAAAAUACGAUAAAUACAGUCAAUCAACUGGUAAACGAUAAUUUCCUUCCUGAGAAUGCACCAAUCACCACAACAACAAUGAGCAGCGAUCCAAACGCAACAACCACCGAAGCGCCCUACAAAAUCACCCGAACCGAGUUUAAUCGGAUUAUAAGAAGAAAUUUACGAGGUCUGGUCAGGCUGUUCAAUAUUGAAUUUAAUGAAGCACUCCAGCAAUCUGCAGUGACUAAAAAGCAAUUGAAGAAGAACGCUUCAAUAGAGUUUUCUAAAUACUUAUAAAAAAAUGAUGAAAAAAAUUUUUGAAUCGAGAAGCCAUAUUGUUAACAUUUUUUGUAUAGUCAUGGCAAAGAUAACUGUGAUAUUGUUUUUAGAGUUAUUUUGCUCAAUUAAAUAAUUUAUUUCCUCCUUUUUUAAAAAUUGUACAUGUUUUUUAGUGUUUAGUUGUAUGGGCCAUUAAUUUGUGAAAUGAGUCCU